CGCCACCAGAAACUGAAACUGAAAAGGGAAAGAUACCGAACAGAAACUUUUAGCUGGUUGUUACUCUCUUCUGCAUUUUUACUCUAGAUUGAUUGAAUGCUGAACGAUAUUCUACUUAAGAGUAGACAACACAAAUAGUCGAUACAAUUUUCCAAAAAGUGAAUUAUACGCUGCUUGUAAAACAUGUGGAAUCCAGACAGUGGUAUUUUCAUCCUAAAUGAAAUACUAGGAAAAGUCAAGUUAGAUGAGGGGCUCGUAAAAGAGAAUAAUAAAGUUCUACGUGACUUUUUGGAUACUUUCGUUCCCAAAAUGAAGGAAGUUGAUAAAGUGUUUGAUUGGUUGUAUAGAGAACCCUACUACACAGGAAGUUUUUAUUCAGAUCUUCGAAUUUCUCAACCUGAUGAAUUUGAUAUUAACUUAAUAAUAGAUAUGCCUUUUAAAAACGGUGAAUUUUCGAUAACGUCUCAACUGAAUGAGCCGAAUUUUGUGAAGUAUCAAUCAGAUGUACCUAAAUCCGGACACGGCGGGACCGUUUUGUUUGAAAACAGUUAUUUAAUAUCCGAUCUGGCUCGAGCAUGGUUUCAAAGCAUCAUAGACAGAGCUCUUGAAUCAUACAAUAGACCAAGCACAAUUAAAAGGGUAUUGGUACGACAAUCAGGUCCAGCCCGGACUUUAACUUUAGUGAAAAAUAAUAAUGCAAAGAUUGAUGUCGACCUUGUUCCAGUCAUUGGUUGUACUCUAAAUAUGUCUCGCAUUAGCCUGGACAGAAGAGUCGAAGCCAAAGUUGGAAGAAAUUUACAAGCGUUUCUCGUACCUAAACCACCUAAUCCAUUAUCUGCCGAAGCUAGACUAAUGUGGCGAUGUCAUUCUCCGAAACCCGAAGAAGAUAUUAUGUACAACGUAGGCUGUGCCAAAUCAGUUAUAAAGCUACUAAAGCUGCUAAGAGAUAAAGAGAAGUGGUCAAUAUUAGCCUCAUAUUAUUUGAAAACUGUCGUAAUGUGGAUGAUUAUUGAAAACAGUGGAACAUCCGACUUUUGGAAAGAAAAUCAUAUCGUAGAAAGAUUUUUUGAAGCACUCGAGAAACUAGCCGAGUGUGUGGGACGGAAGAAAAUCCCAUACAUAUUCAAUACUGACUGCAACUUGAUUGAAAAGAUCGGUCACCAGGAAGCAUAUGAUAUCAGCAAUCGGUUGAAUAGUUUCAUUCGAAACAUAAAUCGGGAUAGAAACUACCUAAGAAGAAUAUUUUGAAAAAGUUUUUUUUUGUUAUCCUUAAAUACAUCCAACAAAAAUAUUCAUACUCUAUUCUUAAAGAGAUUUUUUUUUUUUUUUUUUUUUUUUUUUUUUUUUUUUUUUUUUUUUUUUUUGCUGGGACAACUAUACUAAAAAUUUUGAUACAAUUAUUUUAAUAUCAUAAAAUUUUCCAGCUAAUAUAUAGAUAUGUAAAUUUAUUAUUUACAUAAUCAAUAUAAAUCGAACAUUUUUAGCGAAUACAGGGUGUCCUAAAAUGACCACCCUUAUUACAUAUAUUUUUGGAAAGUUAUUAAAAAGUUUUCCUAGUAUACACAGUAGGGCUAGUAAUUUAAUGAGAAAUAAACAUUAUCGUAUUCUAUAGGAUGACUAGUGAAGUAAAGAAUAUUAAAACCAGUUUGAUUGCCUAAGAAACAAUUGAGGACGUUCGAUUCCUCUUGCGUUCGAAAAGGGUUUGAUGUUUUUAGAAUUUAUAAUAUUUGACGUUUAUUGAUGUUUGUAUGAAUUUAUAAUAUUUGACUAUUAUACUUAACUAGCAAGUCAAAAUGUUAAUUAUUUAUAAAUUCAUAUACUUGAACUUUUUCAACUGAAAUUUUCGAACUUAUAAACUUCGUCACCAAUUUAAUAGAGUUUUGGAAAUCAAAUCAUUUUACUCAUAAAAAAUUAGUCGUUUGGGUAAUUUGCGGUAUGUUUAUGUAUGUUUUUUGUUUUUUUUGUUUAUAGAAGGUAAAUGUUACUUGAAACUUGGAAAAAGUUAUUGGCAUCCCAACGGUAUAAAAAUUUUUAACUUUUUAUAUUAAAAGAAAAAAGAUCAAAUUUUAACUACUUUCCCUAAGCUAAGUAUUUAGUUAUACGGAAAGAAAAUUAUGUUGCAGUAUUAUUUUAAUGUUUGUUUAAUUUUUAACUUUGUGUUUUGUGUAAUAUACUUUUACAUAACUAUAAGUAUUACUUGGUAACAGUUUUAUAAUGUAAAAAGAUACUUAAAAUAUCUGCUCUUAAUAAAGUACUUGUAAUAAUGCUGAUAUUAAUUGUCUAUCUAUCAUAAUAUUAAUGACCUUCUAACUGAAUUUUAUUGUUCCAGAUAUUUUGAUUUUUAAUAAAUGAGAUUUUAUAGAAAUUAAAAAAAAUCUUAAGCAUUAAAAAAAUAACUUUUUGAAAUUAUAGUUUUUUUUAAAAAAUGUUUAUAUUUUUGCAGUUUGUAUUCAGAAAUAAAUCUUAUUGCAACUUUCUAUUAAUAUUUCAAACGCAAUUUAAGAAACCUCACUUAUUGAAUAAAACUUUGAUACUUCUUCACUAUGCCGAUUAAUUCAUUUAAUAGAAAUUAAUUGUGCUGAAAGUUAUGAUAAUAAUAUCAUAACUCUCAGCUAUGCACAUAAUUUGUUAAUUGUGCAUAAAAUUUCUCUUCGAAUUUUAUGAUUUUGUGUAUUAAAGAAGAAAAAAUGCCGUAUUAAUAUCUAUGUUCUUCUAAAAAAAAUAAGUAUUGUUUGUUCAUCUUUUCUAUAAUCACUUAUAAACUGUAUUACUCUAUUAUUAAAAAUUUGAAACUAUU